AUGAAAAUAUUAUUGGAACGUAUCCGCAAAUCUCAUGAAGAAGAUGAUGAAGAAAUGAUGUCAACUAACGCCAUUAUAGCAACAAAAAUUGCUCACCAUGAAGCAGAAAACCAACCUCGAGGUCGCGGUUCUCAUCCAGGUCGUGCACCAAAUGAUCCUCGACAAAGGGAUGAACGAGCCGAUCUUAGAAGACUUCUAGCUAAAGGUGAAAAGAGAGGCUUUCCAGGGAUGAUUGGUAGCAUCAACUGUAUGAACUGGCAAUGGAAAAAUUGUCUAACCGGUUGGGCCGGUGAAUAUAGUGGCAGAAAACGCAUCCCUACUAUCAUUCUUGAAGCGGUUGCAUCUUAUGACAGUUGGAUAUGGCACGCCUUUUUUGGAAUGUCGGGGUCAUGCAAUGACCUCAAUGUCCUAGCAAAGUCCCCGUUGUUUGACGAGCUUAUUGCCGGUAGAGCACCACAUAUCCAGUUUCAAGUGAAUAACCGGGUUCACAGCUUAGGCUACUAUCUUGCCGACGGUAUAUUCCCAAGAUGGGCAACUUUCGUGGAAACAAUUCCACAUCCUAGGCGACCUAAGGAUUGUGUAUUUGCAAAGGCUCAGGAGGGAUAUAGGAAAGAUGUCGAGAGAUGUUUUGAUAUUUUACAGUCAUAUUUUGGUGUUUUUAGAGGAACUGCUCGCGGAUGGGAUAAAUAG